ACGCUCUCUCUCUCUCUAAAACUGAAUCCGCCAUGGCCAUGCCUCAGAACCUCUUUCAACCUCUGUACCAACCUCAGCAGCAGCAGCAGCAGGAGUCGUCUCCUUUGAGAAAUUUCUACGCCGACAACGGUCAGUUUUCGCCGCUGGUCGCGUUCUAUGGCCCCGGUCCCGUGCAGGAUAGGCUUCAGCAUCCUCCAUAUGCACCUCCCUUUAAUGUUGUUGGGGUGGCACCUGGUACUCUCCCUGCUGCAGAUGGGAAUGAUGGCGGAGCUGAUCUGCAAUUCAAUUUCGGGCUGGAACCAAAGAGGAAAAAAUUGGAAGAGCAAGAUCUGUUGGAGAACAACAAUUCACAAGUGUCCUCUAUUGAUUUCUUGCAAGCCAGAUCGGUCUCUACAGGCUUAGGUUUAUCCCUUGAUAACAGCAAAAUAGCUUCUUCCGGAGAUUCGGCCUUGUUAUCGAUCCUUACUGAUGAUAUUGAUCGAGAGUUGCGGCAGCAGGACGCAGAGAUCGAUAGAUUUCUUAAGUUUCAGGCUGAUCAACUUCAGAAAUCUAUUUUACAGAAGAUUCAAAGUGGCCAACUUCAGUAUAUUUCAUUUGUUGAGGACAAAGUCCUUCUGAAAAUCCGGGAGAAAGAAGGAGAAAUAGAAAGCAUAAACGAGAAAAAUAAGGAACUCAAGGAACAGAUGGAACAACUCACUGUUGAAGCAGGUGCUUGGCAACAGCAGGCUAGAUACAGUGAGAACAUUAUAACUGCCCUUAAGUUUAAUCUUCAACAAAUCUAUGCUCAAAGUACAGAUAGUAAGGAAGGUUGUGGUGAUAGUGAGGUGCAUGAUACAGCUUCUUGCUGCAAUGCUCGUGCAAUGGACAUUCAACUGCUUUGCAAUGGCGCCAACAGUAUAAAACAGAUGAUUUGUAAAGUUUGCAGAGUCAAUGAAGUAUGCAUGUUAUUGCUACCUUGUAAGCAUCUCUGCCUUUGUAGAUACUGCGAGAGUAAGCUUCAGGUUUGUCCUGUGUGUCAGUCACCUAAGUUUCAUGGCAUGGAGGUCUAUAUGUCAUGACAGUGAUGGAACAAUUGAAUAUUAAAUGCUUUCGUCUGAUAGCUAAUGGCUCAAGCUUUUUAGGUAUCAAAGCAGAAGAUUUACUGUUUGAAUCUA